CGCGUAACGCCGGACUGAAAUUUCCGAUCAGUUUCGGGGCUCGAAGUCGCAGACGCAGAGAGGAAAAGGAAGAAGAAGAAGUCCAGAGAAGGUAGCUUCAUCUUCAGGCUCGAGCUCGCUUUCGCGGUAGGUAGCAAGCAAUCGAGAGGAAGUCUUUCCGAGCCGGUUCGAGCUUCGCGUUUUUCGCUCGGGUGAUGAGAUCGUGAAGGGGAAGGGAGGGAGAAAAGAGUCAUGGGAGCUGAAGCAGAGGUCGUGUGUCGACAGAGCGUGCCCGCGCUGGAAGUGCGGCACUUCGCGGCGGUCGAGGAGCUGGUCACGAUCAACUCGCCGCUCUCGCAUCCGGCCGUCGAGAGGGUCGAGAGGGUCCGCGUGUCGGAGGCCGUCCCCGCUCCUCAAGCGGAAAUCACAUUGGCAGAUAAUACUCCCGAUCCGUUUCCAGAGUCAAUUGUUCCGCAGUUUGUGCCUAGUAUUCGUUCUGGUAGCUUUGCAGAUAUUGGGCCCCGGAGAUUUAUGGAAGAUGAGCACAUUUGCAUGGAUGACUUGUCCACGCAAUUGGGAUCACCUUACCGGUUUCCUAAACCAAGUGCUUUUUACGGGUUGUUUGAUGGUCAUGGAGGAGCUGAAGCAUCAGCCUUCAUCAGAAAAAAUUUCAUCAGACUCUUCUUUGACGAUGCCAAAUUUCCUCAGUCAUCUGAAGUUAACGACUCAUUCUUAAGUGAGGUCGAGAAAUCUCUCCGAAAAGCAUUUCUUCUCGCGGACCGUGCUUUGGCGGACGAUGCUAGCAUCAGUAGUUCUUCUGGCACUACAGCUCUCACUGCUUUGGUACUUGGAAGGCUUCUCAUGGUGGCCAAUGCUGGUGACUGCCGUGCAGUUCUCUGCCGGAGAGGCGAAGCCAUUGACAUGUCCCAAGACCAUAAACCAAUACACCCUUCAGAACAGAGGCGAGUCGAAGAACUGGGUGCUUUUGUCGAAGAUGGGUACCUGAAUGGUGUCUUAUCGGUCACUCGGGCUCUGGGCGACUGGGACGUGAAGUUCUCUCAGGGCUCUCCCUCGCCUCUGAUUUCCGAGCCAGAGUUCCGGCAAGCUCUCCUAACGGAGGACGACGAAUUCCUCAUAAUAAGUUGUGAUGGGAUCUGGGAUGUGAUGUCCAGUCAGCAUGCUGUCAAUGUCGUGCGCCGUGGCCUCCGCCGGCACGACGACCCAGAACAGUCUGCGAGGGAUCUCGUCAAGGAGGCGCUGCGCCUCAACACGUCCGACAACCUCACGGUGAUCGUCGUGUGCUUCACGCCGCUCGAUCAUUGGGAGCAGCCAUCACCUAGGCCGCGGAGGUUGAGGUGCUGCAGCUUCUCAGCCGAGGCAAUAUGCAGUUUGAGGAACCUGUUGGAUGGCAGCGGCAGCCAUUGAUGGUGCAUAACGAUUCUUCUAUGAAAGUUCCAUUCGCCCUGGGGGGAGCCUGGAAUUGCAACUGUUGCUUCGGCUUGCUUCGAGUGGGGUUGGCCCCGAAGACGAGUUCAUUCAAACCGUUGCUUCGUGUACAUAAUCUGUAACGAGCGAGACGCUUUGAUGGUGUGGUACAGCUGAGUUUUGGGUCAUCCUGUCCGCGGAUGGACCUUUUCGAUGUUCUCAUUGCUUACGUGGGUUGUGGUGUAUAUAUCGCAGUACCUAAUAAAAUCAUUUAUUCGUCCUCGA